CACAGGGAUUCUAAAACUCUUUGCUUCGAUCAGCUCGAGCGUCUAGGCAUUCAUAGUCAGGGUUGUUUCCUGGAAACCGAACCUACGCAGUUCUCUGGAAAGUUGUCGCCCACUGACACCGAAGCUUGUCUCGUCGGAAACAAUGGAGGACAGAAAUAUCCACAGACAACAUCAUAACACAAAGCGGGGUAUCAAUCCAAGUGGCAGUAAUUGCCCCGAAACACCACUGUCUCCACGGUCUCAGCAGUCCUUCGAAUAUCAAUUGGAGGCUGUACCAAUAUUGCACUCGCUGCCACAAUCACAAUCACCAUCACCAUCGACUAUAAGUGUGGCAGAUAGAAUAGCACAUAUAUCCGAAGAACUGCCGUCAUCCAACAAAGAGAAUCUAAACAUAGCGUCUGGUGAUAUAUGCCACCCCGCCUUCUUCCACGCUGUCAAACACCUCUCAUCGCCUCUAGCUCCUCUCGUCUCAAUCACGACGGGUCUCCCACAUCGGGACUUUCCACGGACUCUACUGGCGUACCAUCUCCUUACCUCCGAUCAACUGGACGAUAUAGCUCGUCACUAUCACCAAGUAUGGCCGCCCAUGCCAGAGACAUUUGGCUAUCCUAUCCGGGUACCUGCCUGGGUCGGUACGGGAAGAGAGUACGAAUUAGACAUAGAGACGAAGCGGCGACGACUAGGACGAUUCAUGGGAUUAAGAGGGUGCGAGAGUCCGGUUGUUGAUAAUGCUCAUACAGAGAAUUGGCAGCGGGAGGCAUGCGCCUGGGAGAGUGACGAGGAAAUGAAAGAAAGGAUGGAGCGUGAGUGGCAAGCCGCGCUUCUGUGUGCGAGGAGUCAGGAUAGUGAUGAGGUUUUGAGGAAGAAGGCGGGAGGUUUUUGACCUUCAAGCCAUCCCGGUUAUAGGAUUUCUUGAUCAUUUAUGAUGCGAAUGGAGUCAUGUAUAGAUUUCUGUGGAAUAUAGAGAAUCACAAUUGAUCUUGCGACGAUAUACAGAAUCCACCCGCUAGUUGUUGUAAAGGGAGUUGGGAUGAAACUAUUGGAUGCAAGAUCUAAUGGCCCAUUCCCCUCGCCCAGUUCUGGACUACUAGAUCCCAAUAUUUCUCUCGACUACGCUCUCUGAACGUCUUGCCCCAUUUGAUCAUGAUGAGGAACACAGCCGCACAUGCCAUUCCAAUAAAGGCAGCUGAAAUGAAACAGUUCUGGUAUCCUAGGUUCUCGACCCAUGGUGUGAUUCUGGA